CACUCUCACCUCUAGCAGCGGCUGCUCAUCGUCUAUCUCUUUCCCGACGUCUCGGACGUGUCGGAGAAGAAUGGAGGCGAUAGCGAAACACGAUUUCACGGCGACCGCCGAGGACGAGCUCAGCUUCCGUAGAUGUCAGAUCCUGAAGAUCUUGAAUAUGGAAGAUGACAUGAAUUGGUAUAAAGCUGAACUAGAUUCCAAAGAAGGGCUUAUACCAAGUAAUUAUAUUGAGAUGAAGAGUCAUGAUUGGUAUUAUGGAAGGAUAACCAGAGCUGAUGCUGAAAGAUUGUUGUUGAACAAGCAUGAAGGCGCCUUUUUGAUCAGAAUUAGUGAAACCUCUCCUGGUGAUUUUUCCUUAUCUGUAAAAUGCUCCGAUGGUGUGCAGCAUUUUAAAGUAUUACGAGACGCACAAGGCAAGUUCUUCCUAUGGGUUGUUAAGUUCAACAGCCUCAACGAAUUGGUAGAGUAUCACCGUUCAGCAUCUGUUUCUCGCUCACAGGAUGUUAAGCUACGUGAUAUGGUUCCAGAGGAGUGUUUGGUACAAGCAUUGUACGAUUUCACACCACAAGAAGCCGGUGAGUUAGAAUUUCGACGAGGAGACGUCAUCACUGUCACAGAUCGCUCAGAUCAGCACUGGUGGAACGGAGAAAUCGGAAAUAGACGAGGACUGUUCCCAUCUACAUAUGUGAUGCCAUAUCACUCCUAGGCCUCAAAGGACAGAGGUAGUUGUUGGGAACAGCGGCCGGCUUAUCCCACCACUAUCAUCUACAAGAUCCGAAUCGCCGCGGACUUCAUAAACAAUAUUUUACAAACCUCACCCAUCGAAUGGGCUACCAGAGUGUACUGGUGGUCUCGCCGAAAAGUCUUCUACAAGUAAACAGUGGAGUAAACAUGCGAAUUGUUCAUAUUCCAAGACCAAGAUCCUCCGAUAUUAAGAAGGAUAAAUAUCGCGUUUAUCUAGACGAGGGAAAGAAAAAAAAGUCUCAACACUGUCAUCGACAUCACAUCGAAACAUCCGAGAACGAUUAAUGAAGAUAUUAAUGACGACAUUUUGAGAUUUUAAGGACGUCUAUGUGAUCCGAAGAUGUCUGACGAUAUCUGAAGAUCCAAGGAUCUCUUAACGUUAUCUGCAAGGGUCCAAGGAUCUAUGAAUGUUACGAAUGUCUAUGGGAUCUAAGGAUGCCUAAAAGAUGCCUAAAGGAUCUAAGGAUUCAAGCAUUUAUAGAACUUUAACAAUCUAUAAUGAUCCUUUAUCUAGAUUUAUCUAAGAUUUUACAGAUACCCCCAGGGAUCUAAGGGUCUCUCGCGCGAUUCUCGAAUCGAACCUCGGAGUCGCGUUUGAGAAUAACCGAAUGUAUAUUAUAUUUUAUUUUCCUUGUCUCUCUCUCUCUCUCUCUCUCUGUUUUUUUAAUCAUUCUUUUCGACGAAUUCUACUUUUUACUUACUGCGUCAAUCACAGAAGUCCUUAGUAGCAUAUUAUUGUGUAAUUAUUAAUAUUAUCUUUUAUGGUUAUUAUGAUUAUUAAUGCGUUAUGUUACAUUUUAUUAAUAACAAUAUAUUAUAUUAAUUAUAUAUAGCUGCUUCGUGCUUUGUUUACUUGCGCCCAACGACGAUAACUCCUCUAUAUAGCGUCGCAGGAUAACGUGUUCUAGCAGCGGUUUUAUCUCAUCGAAUAACGAGCGAUACCGGUCAGUGUUGUCGCUCAUUUAUACACGUUGCCGAUAGUCGUAUUCGAGAGACUUCCUGCUAAUGUACGCUUCUAGCUUUAUCAACCGACCGCGAUAAAUGCGGUGACGCGGAAAGUCCUAUUUCGAUGUAGAGAAAACUCGUCUCACGAUCGAUAUUUCUUGUCGUUUCGCCGGCUUGCUAACGAUAUUCGACGUUUUUUCCCUAUACACAUUAGGAUCGAAACACUAUGAUAAAUAUUAGAUUCGGAUAUCUAAUUGUGUAGUAGGAUUGAAACUCGAGAGAGGGACUUUCCUCUUUUCUCUUUCUCUCGAGAACGUUUAAGUAUCAUAAUGAUCUAAGUAUCUACAAAUGUAAGGAUUGCUUGUACCUUUGAAGUCGAAGGACUUGUUUUGCGACUGUUGCUCAUUUAAUCACGUUGAUAGACUGCAAUGGUCUAAUCAUGCCUUCGAUUGAACUUUCUCUCGCGUGCAAAUUGAACAGUAUUAAAAAAACAAAAAAUAAAUGGGUAAAAAAGAAGAAAGACUACUUCGCAAUGUAUAAUUUGAAAAUGUAUUUCACAAACAAAUGAAAUUACAAAAAGA